CGCUCACCUCUUACCACUCCCAAGUCCCAAUGAUGAAGUCCCUCCUCUUCUCCGCCCACCCCACGCCGCCACUCCUCCCCGCCCCGCGCCUCCGCAGGCUCCUCCGCCUUUGCGCCUCCUCCGCCUCCACCUCCGCCCCGCCCCGCGCCGGCCGCCGCUCCCCCCGCCCCGCGCCGUCGCGCCGCCCAUCCCCCUCCUCCCUCUACGCCCGACCCAGCCUCCUCGACAUGGAGCGCGAGCGCGCCGCCCGCCGCGCCGACGUCGACGCCUUCCUCGCCUCCCUCGGCGUGGACCCGGGCGAGCUCGCGGGCCUCGAGCUCCCGGUCACCGUCGACGUCAUGCGGGAGCGCGCCGAGUUCCUCGCCUCCCUCGGCCUCACCCGCGAGGACCUCGCCGCCUACCCGCUCGCGCUCGGCUGCAGCGUGCGCAAGAACAUGGUCCCCGUCCUCGACUACCUCGGCAAGCUCGGCGUCCGCCGCGACGCGCUCCCGGACCUGCUCCGCCGCUACCCGCAGGUCCUGCACGCCAGCGUCGUCGUCGACCUCGCCCCCGUCGUCAAGUACCUCCAGGGGAUGGACGUCAGGUCCGUUGACGUGCCGCGCGUGCUGGAGCGCUACCCGGAGCUCCUCGGGUUCAAGCUCGAGGGAACCAUGAGCACUUCUAUCGCCUACCUCGUCGGCAUUGGCGUGGGUAGGCGCCAAAUCGGCAGCGUCAUCACCCGUUUCCCCGAGGUGCUUGGCAUGCGCGUGGGGAAGAUUAUAAAACCCUUUGUCGAAUACCUUGAGGGCAUCGGGCUCCAGAAGUUAUCUGUUGCAAGGAUAAUUGAGAAGAAGCCUUAUGUCCUUGGGUUUGGAUUAGAGGAUAAGGUGAAGUCUAACAUUGAGGUGCUGAUGGAGUUUGGAGUGAGGAAGGAGGCACUAGCCUCCAUUGUGAUGCAGUAUCCUGACGUUCUUGGACUUGAGCUGAGGGACAAGCUUGUUGCACAGCAGAGCUUGUUUGAGUCAAUCAUUUUGGUCAGCCGUGAUGAUUUUGGGAGAGUGAUCGAGAGGAUGCCGCAGGCCAUUAACCUUGGACGAACUGCGGUUCUGAAGCAUGUCAAUUUUCUUACGGCCUGUGGUUUUAUGCUCUCGCAAGUUAGCAAGAUGGUUGUGGCAUGCCCCCAAUUGCUCGCACUGAACAUGGAUAUUAUGAGGAUGAACUUUGAGUACUUCAAGAAUGAGAUGGAGAGGGAUUUGGAGGAGCUGGUUGAUUUCCCUGCAUUCUUCACAUAUGGCCUUGAGUCGACUGUGAGGCCUCGGCAUGAGAUGGUGUGCAGGAAGGGGUUCACAUGCUCUCUUGGAUGGCUUCUUAACUGUUCUGAUGCCAGAUUUGAUGAGCGCAUGAAAUAUGAUACUAUAGGAGUUGAGGAAAUGGAGGCGGAGGAAUCUUCUGACAUGAAUGCAUUUGCGGAGGAGGUAGAGAGUGAGGAAGAAUACAGCGAUUAUGAUGACUCUGAUAGUUUGUUCGAUAAUUGAUUGCUUCGUAUCAAUUGCUAUUUGAUGAGCUUGCAUGCAGGCCUUAACUUGAUGCUCUGAUAUAUAUGAUGCAGUCAUUAGACUGCCAAUUUUGAAGCAUGUGUGCUUGGUAAACCAAAUGCUUUAUACAUUCAAACUGUAGAUUAGAGUUCCAGUAGUAUAUUCAGAUAUCGUUCAACGUUGUAUGUUUAACUGCAUAAUGAUGUACUUGUCAUCUUUCUUACUGAAAUACUUGUGUUUCUAUGACAAACAUACAUCUGGUCAUCUUUCUCAUGUUUGCUCAGGCUUUAUUCAUAACAAAGCAGAGGAUUGAAGAUAGAUAAGAGUGCUGAUUGGUUUUCACAUAUUAUUGGAAAAUCUUGAAUGUUGAAAGAUACAUAGGUCCCAGGUUCCUAUUUUUGGGUUGUGCGCUUCUUAACAAAUGUUCAGUUACUUCAAUCUGGGACUCAUGUUAUGUAUCUUAGUUAUGUGAGGUUCUGGGGGAAAAGUGGUGCUGUCUGAGCAAUGCUUGCAACUUUGAAUCACUGCCCUGAUUUGUUGAGUCCUGGCAAUGAUCUGUGCUGGAGCCUGGACACUGCCAACUUUUUAUAUUUUUCUCAAUUAUAUUAAUCUCAGGUUGAAUUUUUGUCCUCUGUUCCCCAAAAAAUGUAUGCAUAGAGCUUCACCAAACUUCAUCAACUGUGGAACUUCAAAUUCUUUGUCCGGCUCUACCAGUGGAAGUUGUUCUGUGCAUUUUGUGAAUACCUAAGAAAUUCACGCUUGACAGCAUGAGAAGCCAGGCAUGUUGUAAUGUUGGGUUGUGAACUGAAGCUGGUAAGGUUAAUGCCACCUUGUUGGGACUUGGCCUCAGUUAGAAAAUCACCUCCGUGGGCCAUUGAUUCUUGGGGACCGGGGUGUUUCAUUUUUGAACUCUUUUCUGGAGCAAAGCUGGCUAGAACAGAGGACCUUCGAAAUACUGCUUCAAUCCCAAAGUCUCUACUUCCGGAUUACCAGAGGCUCUUGAAUUCCACACCUUCUCGUAGACUGAAUCCUUCAAAACUUAUUGAUAACAGUGUUACUCCCUGUAUUGGCUUCUUCUCUUGAGUUUGGUUCAGUUGCUGCUCCUGUGCUAACUGUUCUGUUAAAGAUGGGUUCCUGGCUUCCAGCUGACCAAUUUAGUAUCAAGGUUUUGCCAACUAUUGUCAAGCUUUUUGCCUCCAAUGACAGAGCUGUCCGAGCUUGUCUUUUGCAGCACAUAGAUCAGUUUGGGCAAUCAUUGUCAGCUCAAACUGUUGAUGAACAAGUUUUUCCUCAUGUUGCCACUGGCUUCUCCGAUACUACCGUUUCUAUUCAUGAACUGACAAUGAAGUCGAUGCUCGUGUUGGCACCAAAAUUAUCUCAGCGCAUAAUCUCAGGAUCCCUCUUGAAGUAUCUCUCUAAGCUACAGGUGGACGAAGACCCCGGAAUCAGGACAAACACUACAAUUCUUCUUGGCAAUAUUGCAAACUACAUGAAUGAUGGGGUCUAUCUCAAAUAUAUUUCUGAUACUAUAGAUAUAGUUCCAAGCUGAUGUUUGGUCUUAUGAAAUGUUAUGGAUUGGCUAGAUCAGAAGGACUGGAACGCUUGGCUGGGCAGGAAACCCGGCCAGAUCGCCGAAGAACAGGCCAUCUAAGGCUGGUUCUAUUCUUCUUCGAUGACUCUAAUCCUAGGACGCAGGCCGCCUUUAUAGACUAGGCACCCUAGCUAAACCCUAAUCACCCACGGGGGUACUAUCCACGCAUACUGUAGCCGUGUGAACAGUACCGCGGGCCUCCCUUUUGGGCUCUACUCAGCCCAUACAGGCCCAGCCCGCUGCCAUAACAGGAAUGCAUCUGUUUCAUGUCAUGCCUAGAAUACAUGUUUUUGCAAUAUUUAUUUUAUACGCUGGAAUUAAUUUGAUCAUCACUAAACUGCUGUUAUUUCCAGCAGAAUGGAGGUUUGGGGUUCCGUGAUCUGCAUUUGUUCAAUCUGGCAAUGUUGGCUCGACAGGGAUGUAGACUACUAACAAACCCUGAGUCAUUAUGUGCCAGAGUUCUUAGGGCCAAGUAUUUCCCGGAUGGCGAACUGUUUAAGGUGCAGGAAGGGCCUGGUAUUUCAUACUCUUGGCGCGACAUUGUUCGUUGUGUUCAGGCAUUAAAAGAGGGGCUUAUUUGGAGAGUAGGUGACGGGUCACAGAUUAAUAUUUGGCUUGACCCAUCACCCAUGGAUUCCGGAUGGAGUUACGAGACGGCCGCUCAGCCCCGGGCAUUCACUGGUGACAAAGGUUUCUGAAUUGAUAAACCCAACUACCGGCACCUAGGACCGGGAACUAGCCGAAUAGAUAUUCUGGGAAGAGGAGUGUCUACGUAUUCCAAUCAAGCAUGGGAUGGAGGACCUGAUUGCCUGGCAUUUUGAUAAGAAGGGUAUCUUCUCAGUGAAAUCAGCAUAGCAUGUUUUGGAUGAUACAAAAGAAGAGACGCACGGCGGCAGCAUGGUGCAAGUAGCUCGAGCACAGGCACUUCAGGUGCAGCAAAACAACUUUGAAUCUGGAGGAUGUCAGAUUGCUACUGGGCGACCUAACCUCGUCGAAUGAAGUGACAGCUCACAUUCUAACUAUGACCGAGGAACAGAAGCUCUUGGUUGUUGGUUUGCUGUGGGCGUGGUGGGAUGCAAGAAACAAAGCAAAUGCAGGGGAGCAAAGAAGGUUAACUGAAGAGGUGCUUUUUAGAGCUCGGUCAGUUAUAUGCCGGGAGAGGAACCUGCAACGGUUCGGGCAACAUCAAGAUUGACUAGCUUUUUUCAGAGAUGGAGCCCCUCGCCGCCGGAUGUUUUGAAGUUAAACAUGGAUGCUGCGUUAAAGAGCUGGUGGGAGCUUGGAUUUUUAUAGUUCGUGACAAUUAUGCAAAUGCAGUUCUAGCAGGUGCAGGUCGCUUGCGGCGGUCAGUGAUGCUCUGUGUGUAGAAGCGUAUGCUUGCAUAGAGGCUUUGCAGGCUGCUGGAUCCCAAGGUAUGCAACAUAGCAUCAUGGAAACGAUCUCCAAGACUCUGGUGAGAGAUCUGCAAACUAAUUACCAUGAUCUGGCUCAAGGUGGCGUGCUGUUCAGAGAAGCUAAAUUUGUCUUGGAGACAAUGUUUAGUUCGUGGUCUGUUGUUCAUGUGAGUCGUUUCUGUAAUACGGUGGCUCAUAACUUAGCUUGUUCAUGGUCUGUUGUUCAUGCGAGUCGUUCCUCUAAUAAGGUGGCUCAUAACUUAGAUCGUUUUGGUUGUGACGGGACCCGGAUCAUCUGCUAACAUGGAUGUAUCUGCUCCCUGAUUAUGUAAAUGAUUUGCUGGUCCGUGAUUCCACGGCUCUUUAAUUAUCUCCACAUCAAUCGAUUGAGAUAUUAUUAUCUAUCAA